AUGCGAAACGAGACAUUGAAUCGGGUGAAGAAAUCACAAUCUUCUAUCUCGGGGUCCUCAACAAGCGCGAAACUCGACAACAGAGAUUGCGCAGUAAAUUCGCAUUUAUGUGUUCAUGUCAUCUUUGCUCCCUACCUACCUCUCGAUCAAAGCAAAGCGAUCGAUAGAAAACUCGAGGAAAUUCUCAAACUCGACGAACUCAGCAGCCAAGACGGUAUGAGGGGAGUCCUCUCUGUCCCCUUGCUUAAACUCCGCUACGUGGAUCAGCAGGUUCGACUGUACAAUGAACUAGGACCCAAUGAUACCGGUCUCCCCAGAGCUUUCUACGACGCGGCGCAAACCUCCAUCGCGAAUGGCGAUUUAGCCCGCGCAAGAAUUUUUGUGGAGAAAGCAGUAAGGGGAUGGACGGCUCUUGGGGGUGAGAAUAGUCCUAGUGCGUUGCAGUAUACAGCGCUGCUGCGAAAUCUGGAGAAGCAUGAGCUGUAUGGGAUGUCGAAGAAGUGGAAGAUGGCUGUGGAUGAGGUUCCGACGGGGCUUGAGGAGGAAAAGUGGGAGAAUUGGUUGUGGAGGAGGAAGAAGAAGACUAGAAGGUCGGGAAACCCCUUAAAUGUGGCUCUGUAG